CCACAUUUUUUGGGAGGUGACUUUAUUAUCCACGUGUACAGUAGGUGGCGGAAUGCACAUAUAAUUGUUGCAAACCCCAUUAUACCAAAGAAGAAGAAACAAGUGAAGUGACCAACAACCAUUUCCACGUUAUCGGUUUUUAUUUAGACAUUUAUUCACACCAUGGAACUCAAAAUAUGACAAAUUGAACAGCACAGUAUCACAUAUGUACCCCAGGUAGUCUUUCAUUCGCGUUAUAGUCAGGACAUUAUCUAGUUAACGCUAGCUGCUAACGUUAGCAAACAAUGGCUAACUGUAUGGUUUUUCACACUCAAAUAGCCUCCAUUAUGGAGGUUCUAGCGAAUGCAGCCGUGGCAGAGAUCUGUAAACUCGUAGACGAUGACUAUGCAGUGUUUCGUUUGGAAAUAACUCGAAGCCAGAAAGAAAACAUGGCAUUGCGGAGGAAACUUCUGGAAUCGAAGGUGGCACGGGAGCGCGCAGAGAAGACAACGCGAGAACGCGUUCUCGCCAGUCGUCCCUGUAGUGCUAAGACCCUCGUCCGAUGCAGAGGAAUGGCAAGAGGUGAAGGGCAUCUCACUGGAGGUUACAGGAGCUUUGUGAAGCCAGCGGGACACAAUACAUGGAGAGAUGACCAACCAAUCACUGUUGAUGAGUGGAGUGGAACCUCAACCCAGCAAGUUAUUGUGAUAGAGUCUGCAGAUGCAGAGGCUGCAGGUCCUGGGGUCAAGCUGGAGAGGUCUGAAGGAGAGGAGGACCCAAAACACAGCAGAGACAUCCAGACUGGAUUGGCUGGAGUGCCCCCUGUAGCUACGGAGGACCCCACCAUCACCCCAGCGCAGCCUAGGACCCAAUGCAGCAUAGCGGAGGUCAAUGGAAUGCCAAACGCCAUCCUCAAGUCAGAGACAGACACAAACACUUUAACAGUGCUGGAGCGACUGGGCUGUCCUCCUGCUCCCCGUUCAAAGUAUUUACUUCACGGUAACCUGAGCCCGAGGACGGUUCUGUCCCAUCAGGACUCGGGUGACGCAUUACAGACUGGCAAUGAUCCAUCCUGUUCAUAUGUUACAGAGACAGAGAUGAUACCUGGUGACAUGCCUGUGGGCUUAGAUACACAGACUAAUCCAAUGAGAGGGGACUGGAACCGGUACAGUAGUAGUGUAUACUCUGAAGGGCGUCUCGAUAAGAAAGGAGAGGGUCUGGUCAUAGAUGAGAUGACUGUGAAAGUGGAGGGCGAUGCUCCUCUGACAUGGAAUGCAGACAAGACUCACUUCGGAGGCCAGCCGCAGGUUAACACUAGUGACUUCUUAGACUACAGGGAAAGCUUACAGGCAAAUCCAAAUGUUGCAACCCACUACCCUUUACACUCGCUCAGGGAUCGCGGCCCUGUGUCCACGUUGAUGGCACCUUCCGAUUCACACAGACACGUCCUUUUCGAUCAGGUAUUGAACUCAAACGACAUGGCUAGAGCCAAGGCUCAGGGAGGGGGAGCAACAUCAGGCGGUAGUAAAGAGAAAAGGUUCCUCUGCAUGUUUUGUAACAAAGGCUUCAGCUACCCCCAGAAGGUGGCGAUCCACCAGAGGAUCCACACAGGGGAAAAACCCUUCAGCUGUAACCAGUGUCACAUGCGCUUUGCUCAGGCCGGCACCCUGAAGAGACACCAGAGGGUCCACACAGGGGAGAAACCUUAUAGCUGUACCCAGUGUCAAAUGCGCUUCGCCCAGGCUUGCAACCUGAAGAUGCACCUGAAGGUCCAUAUGGGAGAAAGUUCUUCUGACGUUUAGAUCAAACCCUGCAUUAAAGACAAAGGUGCAUUGUCAUUGUUGUCUGCAGAAAAGAUCCACAGAUGCAUUUGGAAUAACGAGUAACAGAUUUCAGUGUCGAAUAUUCCUGGGUAGAAUAUUGCAUCCAGAAUUGUUCAUAUUUAAGUCUAAAAUGUCUGUUACAUAUUGUGUUUGUACUGUGUAGGAUAUAUGAUGUUCACAAAUGCCUAUUUCAUUACUUCCACAUUUUUGAAUGAGAAAAAUAAUGCAGUUUAUCAAGUUCAUCCAGAUUUUUAGUUGAGGUGUGUGGUUUUCCUAUGGUGUAUUUAACACUUGUUUUUGUUUAAUAAACACAAAAUGGGACUUUUCA